CAAAAUAAGGAGGAGACGACUCGGUGAUCCUUCCGAGCAUGCCGCCUACGACUCUCGUCUCCAACCUCCUCCUCCUCCUCCUCCUCUUCUCUUCCGAAUCCGAAUUCGAGCUCCAAAUCCCGCCCCGGUCGCCGGAUUCCUCCCCUCCGAUUCUCUCCCGUUGACCUCGAGUCUGUCGGUCCCGGCUCGAUCCGGCAACUGAUUCUUCGUUCUGUUGGAUUGCUUCUCGGUCCUUUUUAGCCGCCGCCGAUGGAGAUGGAGACGGAGGAUCGGCGGAGCGACGAGGCGUCGCCGAGCCGGCUCGUGGAGUCGAUCAAGGAGGUCGCCGGCCUGCCGGAGUGCAGGAACUGCUGCAAGCGGAUGUACGGCAACCUGGUGCGCAGGAUAAAGCUGCUGAGCCCCCUGUUCGAGGAGCUGAGGGACGGCGGCGGCGGCGGGGGAGAGGUCGGGGAGGAAGGUCGGAGAGGGUUUGAGAUGCUGCGGGCUGCCCUGGAUUCCGCCGUGGUGGUGCUGAGGUCGGUCAAUCAAGGGAGUAAGCUGUACCAGGCUUUUCAAAUUGACAAGAGCGCUGUGAAAUUCCAUCAGUUGACAGGACAAAUUGAAGCUGCUUUGAGUAUGAUCCCCUAUGAGAGACUAGAUAUAUCAGAGGAAGUUCGAGAACAGAUUGAACUGGUGCAUGCCCAGUUUAAAAGGGCAAAUGAAAGAAUGGACUCGCCUGAUUUACAGCUGGUGAUGGACUUAGAUAUAGCUCAAAGGGAAAACGAACCAGAUCUAGCAGUACUGAAACGGCUCUCAGAAAAGCUUCAACUGAAGACUUUAAAUGAUCUAAAGAGAGAAUCGCUUGCUAUCCAUGAACUGGUUAUUUCCAGUGGUGGUGAGCUAGUGGACUGCUCAGAGAGGAUGGUGUGGCUGCUUAGGAAGUUGAAGGAGUCUGUAAUCAGGGAAAAUCCUGAAGUGGCUGCCUCUGAGAGUGAGAAGGGCUUGAUAAAGCACAGAUCCCCUGUUAUUCCAGAUGAUUUCCGGUGUCCAAUAUCCCUUGAGUUGAUGAAAGAUCCGGUCAUAGUAUCCACCGGACAGACAUAUGAAAGAUCGUGCAUCCUGAGGUGGCUUGAUGCAGGGCAUAAGACGUGUCCCAAAACCCAGCAGACACUACUGCACACAGCCUUAACACCUAAUUAUGUUCUGAAGAGUUUGAUCGCUUUAUGGUGCGAGAACAAUGGCGUUGAGCUUCCGGAAAAGCAGGAAAAAUCCAGAACCAAAAGAUCUGGUCGUGUUGCUUCUGAAUGCGAUCGGGCCGCUAUUGAUGCCUUGUUAGAGAAGCUAGCCAAUGGGAAUCCGGAGCAAAAAAGAGGGGCUGCAGGGGAGCUCCGCUUGCUUGCAAAGAGGAAUGCAGAUAAUAGAGUGUGCAUUGCGGAGGCAGGAGCGAUUCCACUCCUUGUUGAUCUAUUAUCCUCCACAGAUUCCCGAACCCAAGAGCAUGCGGUUACUGCCCUGCUCAAUCUUUCUAUAAACGAUAGUAACAAAGGGACGAUAGUAAAUGCAGGGGCUAUACCAGACAUUGUGGAUGUGCUGAAAAACGGAAGCAUGGAGGCAAGAGAAAAUGCAGCUGCCACCCUGUUCAGUUUAUCGGUAAUUGAUGAGAACAAGGUGGCCAUUGGAGCAGCCGGGGCUAUCCCUGCCCUUAUAAGAUUGCUAUGCGAAGGCACUCCCAGAGGAAAGAAGGAUGCUGCUACUGCAAUCUUUAAUCUUUCAAUCUAUCAAGGGAACAAGGCAAGGGCCAUUAAGGCCGGUAUCGUGGGUCCGCUCAUGAGACUGCUGAAGGAUGCUGGCGGUGGGAUGGUGGAUGAGGCAUUGGCAAUUCUAGCAAUCCUUGCGAGCCAUCCUGAAGGAAAGGUAGCAAUCAGCCAAGCCGAGCCCAUCCCUGUGUUGGUGGAGGUUAUAAGGACUGGUUCGCCCCGGAAUCGAGAGAAUGCGGCGGCAGUGCUUUGGUCUCUGUGCUCAGGUGAUGUAGAGCAGCUAAAAUUUGCGAAAGAUCUCGGAGCAGAGGAGGUACUGAAGGAACUAACGGAGAGCGGCACUGACCGCGCCAAGAGAAAAGCCGUGACUCUACUGGAGCUUAUCCAACGAGCCGAGACGGCUCCUGAAUUGUGACAUAUGUGUCUGGUGAGAGUGGUUUUGGGAGUGGUUUAAAGAAACGUAAGGUACAGGGAAGGAUGUCGGCAAAGAAAGUCUUACAUGUAAUAAUUCUGUUUUCAUCAUGUACAUAAUUGAUACCUGCAAAGCAGGGUGCACGACAGGUUCGGUCCACAAUUUUUCUACCCUCGACUAUGAGAUUUCUGGGCCCCUCUUAGAUGGUUAAA